AGAACUUGCAAGCGCAAAGACUACGAAGGAGAGAGAGUGUGUGUCGGCGUGGAGGCGAGCAUGCCCAUGAGGCCUCGUUUCUCUCCGCGAAGUGAAUAAGAGAGAGAGAGAGAUACAGAUUAUUAGUUAACCGCUAACCACACUCCCCAGUUAAAUAACCACCUCUCUCUCUCUCUCUCUCUCAUAAUUUUCAGAAAAUAAAUAAAUGUAGGCUUUCAGUAGAGUGAACAGCAAGGCCACAUUGAAGCGGCAGUGAGAUGGAUAGGUAUAGAAGAUGACGAGAUUCGAAUCUACAGGUCUGUGCUCGCUGUUUUUUCAAACGAAGCAAAUCAAAAUGAUUAGAUUCAAGUAGGACUGUACAAGACUAGCUAGCAUUUGCGUGAGGAGUUCAGAGAGAGCACUGUCGGUGGCUUUGGCAAAUCCGGCCUUGUGAUGCGCAAAUGAGCAGGAAUCGUCGUUGGAGGUCCAAGAAUUGAGGCAUUUGGUGCUGGAUGCUGAGAAAAUGGUUUGAAAGUACUACUAGGAGGAGUUUGAUUGGGUGGAGCGACGAUCUGCUUUUUGGUUUGUUCUCUUUUUGGUUGAUUUUUUGGGGGCGUUCGUGGAAUUGAUUCUCAAUCGGCAUGGAUCAGUACGAGAUCAUGGAGCAGAUCGGUCGCGGCGCUUUUGGAGCCGCCAUUCUUGUCCAUCACAAGGCCGAGAAGAAGAAGUAUGUUUUGAAGAAGAUCCGGCUUGCGAGGCAGACCGAGCGAUGCAGAAGAUCUGCUCAUCAAGAGAUGGCUCUCAUUGCAAGAAUUCAACACCCUUACAUCGUCGAGUUUAAGGAGGCGUGGGUGGAGAAGGGUUGCUAUGUUUGCAUUGUUACCGGAUAUUGUGAAGGUGGAGACAUGGCCGAAAUGAUGAAAAAGUCCAAUGGGGUUUAUUUUCCAGAGGAGAAACUCUGCAAGUGGUUCACACAGCUACUUCUGGCAGUUGAAUAUCUACAUGCAAAUUUCGUUCUACAUCGCGAUCUAAAAUGUUCCAACAUCUUUCUAACCAAAGACCAGGAUGUUCGUCUUGGGGAUUUUGGACUUGCUAAAACUCUGAAGGCAGAUGACUUGGCCUCUUCGGUAGUUGGAACUCCCAAUUACAUGUGUCCUGAACUGCUUGCAGAUAUUCCUUAUGGCUUUAAAUCUGAUAUUUGGUCUCUAGGAUGCUGUAUGUAUGAGAUGGCUGCUCAUCGUCCUGCUUUCAAAGCUUUUGAUAUGGCAGGAUUAAUUAGCAAGAUAAAUCGUUCCUCUAUGGGCCCUUUGCCUUCUUGCUAUUCCCCAUCCUUGAAAACACUUAUCAAGGGCAUGCUGAGAAAAAACCCUGAGCAUCGGCCAAGUGCAUCUGAUGUUCUGAAGCACCCAUAUUUGCAGCCUUUUGUUGAUCAAUAUCGUCCAUCCUUCAGUCCUCCAACAGCACAUUCCCCAGAGAAGCCUAUUUCUGCCGCUCGUAAUUCUCGGAGAAAUAUGGCUGAAAGCCAAAACAGUACUAGUUCUAGCAGUGACAAAGAUAGUUUGCUUUCAAAUGAAAAAAGCAUUCCAGUGAUGGUCUCAAACUGUAAUAAUAAAGGCACUAACACAGAUUUGGCUUCUAUUGAUGACGAAGAUGGCACUGAGAAGCUUCUGCUUAGUGAAGAAGAACAUCGGCUCAACAUGUGCACAGUCAAAAUGAAUGAGCAAGAGGUGAUGAAACCCACUCAUAAUGAACAUAUGCCCAGUAUUGAGUCGAGGCAGUCAAAAACCAUUAAAAAUAUAAUGAUGGCUUUAAAAGAAGGGAAAGUUAGAGAAAAUAGUUCUCCAAUGAGGGGCCAUCAAACAAAGUCUGGAGGUGCAUUGACCCAAAGAACAAACACAGAAGCGUUGCCUAAAGUGCCCAAACCUAGUGCUGUUGUUCAUGGUUUUAAGUCUAAUGCAGAUACACUGACGAUUGCACCAGCAAAGGCAUCCUUCGAUUCUGCAAAGCGGAUUCAGGGAUCGCAUCCUUUAAAGCAUCAGUUACCUAUAAUUGAGUCUUCACCUAAAACUAAACCGAAACACGAUGUGACUCCACUAUCUGGUCCUGUUAAACAAGUUGUUGAAGAAGGAUCUCCUGCUAAGCCAAGGCAACGAACCCCUCCUAAUAUAGUUAGACGAUCACCAUUUCCAGGACGGAUGAAGCAAGUGGGGGUUGAAGCUCCAAAUGCGGUGAGCAGUACUGUCAAGUGUGGUCUGAGUGAGAUGCCCCGUGAAGCUGAAAAGAAUCCUCUGCAAGUGCCUAACAGUUGCCUAACACAUGCUUCUAAGCAGAAUAUACAAGAGUCCCAGAAGGCUCAAGUAAGAGACUCAAAACAAAUGCGAACAGAAAAUAGCCAUUCUGUCUCAUCUUCAAUGUCAAUGCAAGGAUUUGAGCUUUGUGAUGAUGCAACAACUCCUUUUAUCGACAUGAAAGAACACAUACUUCCUGAUAAUACGGGUAUCACUCAUUCUGAAUGUUUAGAAUCACAUCAACCCAGUUGCUCAUCUACUACCCAGUUGCAUACUGAGAUGUCUGAAAAUAUGGCUGGAGAAAACCAUGGAUAUGACACUAGACCUGUAAUGUGCUCAGUCCAAGCCUCUGGAGCCAUCUUAGGUCUUCAGAAUACCUCUGUUGCUGACGAGAAAAUGAGUUCCAGUGUGGUUCAAGAACUCCCACUCCUGGGCUGUGAAGAAAGAUCUGUGUGUAAAGAUGAUACGGCUGGAAGCAGGCCGAGUAGUAGGCCUGAUAUAGUGAACCAGCCAAACCUUACAUAUGCAUCCAGUGGUGAUGACAAGUUCACUGUAAGGGAACUUCUAUCAUCAGUUUCAGAUAGUACCCCUUCCAUUGUGUCUCCCAUUUUGUCAAGCCAAAAGAGUUUGCAGCCGGACAAAGGAACCAUUUUUGAAAAGCCAGGUGCCACCCAUCUUUCACCAGCUUUCGAUGACAUCAUACAUGUUAUACGGCAUAGUAGUUUCCGAGUUGGGAGUGAACAGCCAGUGCUGGAAACCGUAGAGAUGGGGGUUCAGAAUGUGGAUGUUGGUAAGCUCAUAAAUGCAGUAAGGGAUGAAAUAGGGAUGAGAAACGUGACUGCGUCUACGAAUCUUAUAUCAUCAAGUGACUCCGAAACCUUGAGUUUAAAAUCAAAUGUUUCUGAUCAAUCCAGUCUCAAGGAAUUGGAUGUGAGAGAUCCUGUCCCUUCAGUUCCAAAAUCUGAUACCUCGGACCCAACAAAACCUAACCCUUCUGUGAUUGAAGAGGAAACACCAGUAAAAGAAAUUUUGGAUGUUAAGUCUUUUAGGCAGAGGGCAGAUGCACUUGAAGGGCUACUAGAAUUGUCUGCAGAUUUGCUCCAGCAAAAUCGAUUCGAAGAGCUUGCAGUUGUUUUGAAGCCUUUUGGGAAAGACAAGGUCUCCCCAAGGGAGACAGCUAUUUGGUUAGCAAAGAGUCUUAAAGGAAUGAUGAUUGAGGACAUAGGGAGGAGUUCAUGAAGUAACAUAUCUGCGGUAAGCUUGCUCUGAUUUGAUAUUAUUUGUAAUUGCUCUAAUUGCUCUUAGCUCUUUGUCAUGCUUUUCUCUUCUUCUUUUUUUUUUCUUCCUUUUUUAUCCAUAUUCAAGCUCGGUUUGGAUUUUAAAGAGAACAACCAGGCCUUGUCUUCUUUCUUUUUGGUCUCAUUAUGUAAUUCUUUCAAUGCCUUCUGUUGUUGUACAUAGUGACCAUACAAAUUAAAUAACAUUGUGUUCCUUCCAAA